AUGUCUAGCGAGAAGAUGGCGGACGACUACUCCUACCAGGAGGAGGGAUUCGGCAAGGUCCCUAACCUCAACUCGAACGUGUCUGCUAAGAUUAAGAACCCACUGAUCGGGAUACCUGAGGAGCAGCUCAUGUCGGACGUCGAGCGGUUUGCCGCAGAAAAAGAUCUGACUGACAUUCUGCCACUGCUCAAGCAUGGCGCAAUAGCAGCACAGAAUCCGACUGAGUACGAGACACAGAAAGGACUGACAGACGAGGAGCGCGAUGUCCUCCGGACUGAGGUCACACACAAAUGGAGACAACCAAAGACUUUGUAUUUCACAAUCAUUCUUUGCUCAAUCGGCGCGGCUGUCCAGGGGUGGGACCAGACGGGUUCGAACGGUGCCAACUUGUCCUUCCCAGUCGAGUUUGGAAUUGGCACGGACUCGGAUCGCGACACAUUCCUCGUCGGUCUCGUCAAUGCCGGUCCUUACAUUGCAUCAGCGGUCCUUGGUUGCUGGCUCUCGGAUCCUCUUAACAAUCAUUUCGGUCGUCGUGGUACCAUCUUUUUCUCGGCUGUCUUCUGCUUCCUACCAGUCAUUGGUGGUGCCUUCACCCAAUCAUGGGAGCAGCUUUUCAUAACUCGUCUACUUCUCGGAAUUGGAAUGGGCUCUAAGGCGUCUACCGUCCCGAUUUUUGCAGCUGAGAACUCACCUGCUUUGAUUCGCGGUAGUCUGGUCAUGACAUGGCAAUUGUGGACUGCAUUCGGAAUUUUCCUUGGCUUCGCUGCCAACCUGGUGGUUUUAAAUGCCGGUCGCAUUGCUUGGCGUCUGCAGAUCGGCUCUGCAUUCAUUCCCGCUAUCCCGCUCCUCUGUGGUAUCUACUUUUGCCCUGAGUCUCCUCGCUGGUAUAUGAAAAAGGGCCGUUAUCGUGAUGCAUACAACUCGCUCCUGAAGUUGCGCAAUCAUCCCUUGCAGGCGGCUCGUGAUCUCUACUAUGUCCACGCGCAGCUGCAGGUUGAAUCUGAGUUUAUUGGCCAGUCUAAUUAUCUCACUCGAUUCAUUGAGCUCUUCACUAUUCCCCGUGUUCGCCGCGCUACUCUCGCGUCCUUUGUUGUCAUGUUGGCCCAGCAGAUGUGUGGGAUUAACAUCAUCGCUUUCUAUUCGUCGACGGUGUUCAAGGAGGCCGGUGCAUCAGAGAAGAAUGCGUUGAUUGCAUCGUUCGGAUUCGGUCUUGUCAAUUUCGUGUUUGCGUUCCCUGCUCUUCGCACAAUCGACUCCUUCGGACGUCGCUCGCUCCUGUUGUUCACAUUCCCGCAGAUGGCAUGGACGCUGCUCGCUGCUGCAUUCUGCUUCUACAUCCCGGUGGAGAGCAAGGCCCACUUGGGACUAAUCGCAUUCUUCGUUUUCCUGUUCGGCGCAUUCUACUCUCCAGGAGAAGGCCCGGUCCCGUUCACGUACUCCGCAGAAGUAUUCCCGUUGUCGCACCGUGAAGUUGGAAUGUCCUGGGCGGUUUCGACUUGUCUGUUCUGGGCUGCCGUGCUCUCUAUUACAUUCCCUCGCAUGCUGACUGCGCUGACACCGACUGGAGCGUUCGGUUUCUACGCAGGUCUAAAUGUACUGGCAUUCAUCAUGAUCUUCCUCUGGGUACCGGAGACGAAGCAGCGCACACUUGAGGAGCUCGACUAUGUCUUCGCCGUGCCAACACAUAAGCACGCUGCCUACCAGCUUGGCACAUGGCUUCCGUGGUUCUUCAAACGUUACAUUCUCCGGAUCAAGUCAGCGCGUCUCGAACCUCUCUAUCAAUUCGAAGGUGUUGCCGCAAGCGAGAGCGACCUCGUACGUGGAAAACAUUGA